AUUUCUUCUCUGGUAACCGCGGAUUUUCUUCUACGAGAGACCAAAUUCUGGGCAGUGGGGCUGCAGUGUAAAAUAGAUCUGAAGUAGAUUUUGCAAGCAGUGCAGACUGGGCCUUCGAAAACAUUCGUUCAUCGUUUACGGUCGCAAAAGAUUUUUACAGAAUGCUUUGCAGGUCCUCCCGCAGAUGUACACAAUGAAUUGUCCUUGAGCUGGAGCAAGUCGGUUUCUAUGACACCUAGCCCCAGCGACAUCUUGAUCUUCAUCAAGUAGCUUUACCAAAAAAUGCAAUUAGGAGCUCCACUUUUACGUGUUUAGUGUGACCCCAUCAGUUGAAGGCUUAAGUUACCUCGUACCUACUUGGAAAAACAAUUAAAAUAUUUGCGAAUAACUUUCCACGACGCCAUGGGUAACGAAACGAGCCAGCCUUCCGACAACACUCCGCUGCCGAAGCAGCGUGUCGUGAAGCUGACAGAGGAAGUAUGAAAGUGCACAACUCCCCCUCCCCCUCAUUUGUCAUGCAAAACACCAAAUCCAGGCGAGGCUGUGCCCCUUGGCACUGUUUGCAUGACAGACUCCGGAAGCCCAAACAGUACUACAAUCCUCUGCAAAUUUGUCAUGCAAAACCGGCACUCUUGCUGACGCUUGUAUUGCCGUUCUUGCUACAUAAAUGAGGGGGAGGGGGAGUUGUGCACUCUGAUAGGACGGGACGCUGGAAGGCGGUACCGCUUUUGAAACCGAAGCGGUGCAAAGGGAGGCACAGAACCGCGCGGAGGGGUACAGGCCGCCCUUUGUGCUGCUCGAACAGGAAUUUCGGAAGGAGACCGACUCUGAUUUCCGUUUCGUCUGUAAAAUCGGGCGAUCCCCGAACAAAACGGACCGCAUGACGAUCAGCGACGAUUGCGAGGCGACGCUGUUUGUUUUGCCGAAGCUGUCUGACGUGAGCUCCGAGUGGCCGAUAUUGGUGAAGGACGGCCACACAGGGUACGCGCUGGAAGCGAUAAAACUGCGGCCACUGACCUUCAACCCGCACAGCCGGGGGGUGCUAGGGUCUUCAGCAGCAUCUUCGGGUAACAAGCAAACCAAGAACCCCACUGCGGGGGAGGAAUUUAUGGUCGAAACUCUCGAAUUCAGCGUCAACGGCGCACGAGACUAUUUGAAGUUGCACCAGUGGCCCGCGAACUUGUUCGUGCCGGACCAGCAGAAGAUGCGAUGGCCCCUAGCACUGGAAUUGCGGUCAAGGCGGAGGAGAUCGGGAUCGGGCGACAAUUCGUUUCUUCCGGGAAGCACGACGUCUACCAGCUCUUCCGGUAGUACCUUGCGGCAGCGCGGUGGAACAAGUAGUAACAACACCGCCGGCGGGUCCUCGAGUAGCAGCUCGACUGCCCCUUUGAGUACAACAGCUUUUGGCAGCAGUACUUCUACUUGGGCGGAGUCCGAGGCCCCCGGGGAUAAGCUUCCGCCCGAAGGCACGCUGAUGUACUUUUUCGGCAUUCACCAGCGGCUGUUCACCCCGCAAGUGGUGGAAAAAUUCCUGGUCGGCCCAAAGCAGCAAGUUUUUCACGUGCAAGAUCUGUUCGGGGGGGACGCGGAGGAUAAGGACUGCGUUAUUUGCUACUCCGCCCCGGUGGACACCUUCGUGAUGCCGUGCAAGCACUUGUGUCUGUGUUCCGACUGCGCAACGACUUUGCAGCUCCGGAUGCUGACCACGCAAAACGGGCAGACGGCGGUCCGGUGCCCCUUGUGCCGCGGAGAUAUCGCCAACUGCAUCCGGUUAGACGGCCGUCCGACGAUCGAGCAAGGACCGCAAGAAAUGCUGGAACCAAGUCCGGAGGUGCAGGCCGAAAACAAAAAGCUCGCGGAGGAAAUUCUGGCCCGGCCCGUGGAAGCGUCCGAAAGCACGACCUGGAUGCCGUGGAUUGGGCGGGAGAAAUACGCGGAUGGUGACGUCGCGCAGCAUAAUCCGCUCGUCAGAAGGCGGGUGGAGCAGGCCAAGCGGGCAGCGUCUUCUGGGAAUGUUGGAGGAGCGCAGCAAGCAGGAAAUACAAAUAAUCAGGUGGAGAUGACGGAGAUGGGUGGUAGUGCAGUGGCGCAGGGGAAUGAACGAAUUCCUACCGCUAGUACAACAGCAGUAAAUGCAAAUCCUCCCCCUGCUUCACCAGCUACGUCCAGCGCGAUUGGGGAGUCGAUGAGCAACAUGGCCGAUUCCGUCGCUCAGGCUUUCAACCUGCAAAAGACUAGCGAACCAAAACCGCUGCCCCCGCGGGUUUUCAAACGGGUCAAAGCCGAGUUCACGAAUCUCGCAGCGAACAGCGACAGGCUGAAAACCGAGGGGUUCGAGUUUAAAAUCGGCGAAGGGCUUUCAUCUUCAUCGUCUUCGUCCUCUACUUUGCCACGACCAGAAAGCGGCUUACUAGACGCGACGCCGCACAACUCUCGCUUUCUCCAGAUGCACUUUUUGAGCGAAAAGUUACCGGACGACUCAGCUUUGGGAAAGCAGGCGAAAGCGGGGAGAAUAGAAAGGCUCGUUUUCGAACUGAUGUUUUCCGAUCACUACCCUAUGGACGCCCCGAAGGUGCGGCUGGUUACACCUACCGCGUCCCUCGGGUCCUUCUGGGUACAGAAUCACGGCGCUUUGUGCAUGGAGCUACUGUCCGCGGACGGUUGGUCGCCGGUGAUUUCUCUCGAGCAAUUGGCGUUUUCCAUCCGGGCGAUGAUGGUCAAUUGUGGCAGUGGAACACUGUAUCCGAACACAAGGUACGAGAACAGAGAAUUAGCGCACGAAGCCGCAGUGAAUGUAGAUCGAGCUCACAAGGGGACGUAUGGAAAUAUGAAGUCUUGAAGAUGACAGAGAAAGAUGUGCGACGCGAUAGAAAAAUCAAGGAAAAUCUAAUUGCUUGAUCUCAACGAUAAUGAUCAGGAG